AUGCGCAACCAACUUCACCUUCGAAACGAAUCUAUUACAAGAGAAGAGAUGAAUAAUAAUAUGAAGUCUGGGCAAUUUUUCUAUGAACAGGUUGUGGAGAUAUACAACGAUCCGACCCAAUGCACUGAGCCCAUUAGCCCAGAGAUCGACGAUUCUCCACUGGAUGAAAUACAAGGCACAUUCCAUUGGACGGAAGCAAAAGCGAAGUUCAAUUCAAUUGUCAAACUGUACGAGUCAGCGCGAAGGGUUUGGAAGACAAGUGGCAACCACGGAGAUUUUGCUGAAUACACCACUGCGGAUUACCUCUUGCAUCUGCAUGCAGCCGUCGAGAAAUAUCCCGGCUGCUUGAGUCAACUUUGCAGUAAACUCCCAGAAGAACACUUCAAUGAAUCAACAAAUGGCUCCAAAGCAAUGCCUCCGCGAUACCAAUCUGGUAACACAACAAGAGAGAGAAAGCGGAACUCGGACACUAUCGAAUUCAUCCAUUCGCCGGAAGUUGUUGAGCUAAGCAAGAAGAAGAUGAAAUUACUGGAGGAACAGUUUGAAAGGCAAAAAGAAAAAGCCGCGGCAAAGAAGAAAGAGAAGGAGGAGAAGAAGAAGGAAAAGGAAGAGAAGAAGAAGGAAAGGAAGGAGAAGGAGGAGAGGAAGAAGCAGAAAGAGAGAACUGAAGUCUUGUCAAAGAAGUUCAUCUGA